CUGUCAAACGAAUGAAUCACUGGCACAAGGCAGUGUGCUGCUCGGUUGCUGCAACUAGUAAUUUCCAGUUCCCUGUCAUUAUCGUCUGACAUAAGCUGAUCUCCGGCUAGUCAGCGGACUAUUCGUAGAUAGGUGAAGAUCAAAUACUAUUUUAGGACGGACCGAGGAAAAGAACGAGGAUUGCUCUGAGGACGAGAGUAACUUGAGGAAUGGCUGCAUCUAAAUGUACGCGACUGACCGUUGCUCUGAGCAGACACUUACUGGACUCGGUAGACUGUGUCCUGUUCGACUGCGACGGUGUAAUAUGGAGAGGGGACCAGGCCAUCCCCGGAGCCCCUGAAGUUAUCAGUUCACUGAAGAAAAACGGAAAACGGGUGUUUUUUGUCACAAACAACAGCACAAAGACCCGACAAAUGUACGCGGAUAAAUUAGACAAGCUCGGUUUCGAAGCCACUGCUGACGAGGUGUUCGGGACAGCGUACUGCUCGGCGGUGUACCUCAAAAACGUUUGUAAAAUCAACGGAAAAGUCUAUUUAAUUGGGAGCAAUGCGAUGAGGCAGGAGCUCGAGGACGUGGGGAUCCGACCGCUCGGUGUGGGGCCUGACCCCGUCUCAGGAGUUCAGAAAGACUGGGCCGAUGUUCCUCUCGAUAAGGAGGUUCAAGCUGUACUCGUCGGGUUUGAUGAACACUUCAGUUACAUGAAGCUCAACAGAGCUCUGCAGUACCUCUGUAACCCCGACUGUCAGUUCGUGGGAACCAACACGGACACGAGACUGCCUCUGGAGGGAGGCAAAGCGGUCCCGGGGACAGGGUGUCUCCUAAGGGCGGUUGAGACCGCUGCGCAGCGCCAAGCUCAAGUGGUCGGGAAACCCAGCAGCUUCAUGUUCGAGUGUGUGACCAACCAGUUCGGUCUGGACCCUGAGAAGUGUCUGAUGGUCGGAGAUAGACUGGACACUGACAUCAUGCUGGGCUCAAACUGUGGCCUGAAGACCCUGCUGACCCUCACAGGAGUUUCUACUGUAGAAGAAGCCGACGCAAACCUGAAGAGCAAAUGUCCACUUCAGCAAAAAAUGGUGCCUGACUACUAUAUAGACAGCAUUGCUGAUAUUUUACCUGCACUACAAGCAUAGUCAGUGUUUACUUGAAUUUCACCCAGUUUAAUAGAGAAUAUAUUUAUCAACAAAUGGGUACGGAUAUUUUAAUAAUUUAAUGGAAAUUGUUCAUCUUGAUAUAUAUAUAUGCAAUAUGAUUUACUAUGUCAUCAAGGCUUAAUUUCAAAACUGGCCUACCUCUUUUUUUUUUUUUUUUAAUAACCUACUGUUUUAAUUUUAGGUAAUAUAAGGGCAAUACAUUUUUUUUAUUUAUUUUAGUUUUAUUGUUUGUUUUUUAUUUUGUCUAAAAAAGUAAUUUGUGAAGUGUUUUCUUGUCAGUAAUACUCGGGUGCUAUACAAAACAAGUGACCCUCUAAAUUGUGCCGUUUGUUUUUAUUUUAUCAGAAGUACUUAUUCAAUUCUGUACUGUUAAUUCACUGUACUUGUAACAUAAUAAGUGAGAGAAUAUUUUAAAAUAGUACAUUUUGCAUUUUACAGCUUUGUCACUCAGUAACCCAUAAACCUGGUAGGAAUUUAUUUCUCGCCAUGGUUUGGUGUUCAAAUGUACAUUUUGCUUGACUGAUCAAAUAAAUAAGGAUUGUUAAUGAAAA